GGCUACAGUUUGCUCACAACCUCAGUCUGUGGGAUGUGUUUGGGCAAUCAGAGGAGGUGAAAGAGCUAGAGACACAUGGCUUGGUGCUUUUGGACCACAGAAAAGAAAAAGUUAAAGACAUUUGAGCAGCCUUCCUCUCCAGUGCAAGAGGAGCCAGAGCCUGUGAGCUGUGUACUUCAAGGAGAUGAAAUCCAAGCUUUAGCCAUAAAGCUAGAAGACUUAGCAAAGCUUCGUGCUGCACAUGUUCCUCAAGAAGAGAAAGAGAAAUCUUCUGUAACCAAGAAGUACCUCAUUCGCAGAUCCAAGCCUCAAGACAUUAGGAAGAAAUCACAUGUUCUGGUUGCUUAUCCAACACUCUCAGAGGAAUCCAAGAAAACACUGCAUUACUCUGGUAUAGAAGGACCAGUAAUUGAUAACUGUGGACAUAUCCUCCCCCACACCAUUUUAGGAACUCUCCAGGAAUUCAAAGAAGAAGCCUUAAGAAGAGGACACUCCCAGGUUGCAAGACUAGUUCCUGAUGACUCCCAGUUUACAUUUGCAGUUCCUGUUUUUGGGAAUUACAGAGUAAAACAUGAAGAAAAGAAAACUCCCCAGACACCUCCAUCACAACACAUGGCUCUCCAAAACUGGAACCGCAAUAUGGCACUCAGGAAGAAGCAGCAGAAAAAGCUGUCAGAACAUCUUCAGAAAUCAGAAAGUGAUCUGCUGAUGAACUUUUCAGAGAAUUACAGGAGAAUCCAAGAACAACGUACACUAAUUGACCGCAGUCUUCCUGCUCUGUACUUUGGAAAGGGCUAUAGCGGACAUGAAUUCUGGACUGAGCCUGUAUACAUGGGUGAUGAGCUCACUGGCCUGGCAGUAACACUGGGUCAGACUGAACGUGGCUUCCCAGAAGAAGUCACUCAUGUUGGGAAACCUCGCAGCAUCUGGAUGGAGAUGGGUACCAGACCUCCAAAAUACCAAGCUUUCCAUCAUGCCUGGGAAGAUAGUCUCUUUCUAAAGCAUCGGCGAAAUGAGUUAAAAGAGAUCUUAGAAGAACUGGAUUUUUAUAAUCCGGACCUAGAUGGCCUGGAGGUCAUAGGCAGAAAUCGACCUUUCACUAGCGUGUCAGCAAAGAGCUUUUCACUCUGUGAAGAUAAAGAGUUUGUUGAUGAAAGAAAAAUUGCGGACCCAUUAGAAGACUAUCCAGAUGUAUUUUCAGAACCGAUAUUGGGCCCUUCACUGAAAUUUUGUGGACAGCCAGCUCGCUGGAUCAACACAACAACUCAGACGGAAGAAGUUGGCAUUGCUGCCCGGGUCACCUUUGAAAUUCUGGUAGGGGAGAAAGCUGAAUCUCUCCUCACAGUAAGCAAUGAUGGCACUGCAGCCAUCUGGUAUGAUUGGCGAAGGCUACCUCAUCCAUUUACUUUUCAGGAGAAAAAGAGGAAAAAGGCACAGAAUUUUUACUUUAACACCAGGUCAGGGAUUAUUUUACCUGGAGAAACCAAGAGGUUUUUCUUCAUCUUCAAGUCAAUGAGUGCAGGUAUCUUCAGUGAGUCCUGGGAGUUUGGUACUCAUCCUGUAUUACUAGGAGGAGCUGUGUUGCAAGUGACUCUGUGGGGAGUAGCCCUAUAUGAAGAUAUAUCAUCUGGGAUCAGGGAAGAGUUGGAGAAAGAACUUCAAGCCCGUGAAGCUGCUGUCAUUGUGGAAGAGAACCUGAAGGACCUGUUUGAUCGAAUCCAUACCCCAGAGCGAGUACGGUCUCCUCUUGAUGCAUAUGUCACAGAGGAGGAGUUAUUCCAGAGAAAGAAUCCAGAGCUUUACUAUAAACACCAGGUGGUAAGGGAACUCCAUGAGUUAUGGAACAAGCUCAUGAAUCCCCCUCAGGUGGUAGAGGUCUACGUGUAUGAGGGACACAGGAAAAGCAUUCCUAUUGACUCCCCACCAAAGAGUGCUACUGAAUCACAGAAGAGUCCCUCCCCAGCUUUUUCAAAAGCAGGGGGGUCUGUAACAGAAGAGGAUGUAACUCAUUUGACUGAAUCUGAGGCGGAGGAGAUAAAGCAAGUAGAGCCCAUGAAUCGAGUGGAGUGGAAUCUUUCUGUUGCAGAUUUCAAACAGUCUGUGCUGACAAUCCCUGAUGAAGAUGAGCGAGAAGCUGCCCUGGCUCAAAUCAAUAAAGCAGUACUGGAACUUUGUAUGGCACCUUUGACAACACAGACAGAACUCUUGUACCACAUAUGUUUUCAGUUGUGGUGUGAAGUAAUUGAUGGUCUGGUGACCCGCUCUCUGAUGCUCAGAUCCCUGCUUGGUAUGCCUGAGAAGGACACUUACAUUGAAAUUGUGCCAGAGGAGUUAGGUAAGUUUUCAGCUCAACAGACCAAUUCUGUCUUGGGAAAGGAGUGGAGCAUGACAGAAUCUGAAGAUGCCCCAGACAGAGCCUUCCUAAUCCAGGUGUGGAGUCAAUGGCAAAUCUUAUUGGGUCUUAUAAGAUAGGUUUAUUCCCCGUCUCCCCAAAUUCAGCAUUUGUUGCUGCCCAAUAGGAGCUUUUCUGGUCAGAGAUAUUAGUAAAAUAAUGAACACUUGUAAGACUUGAAUUAAACAGGGUUCAAAUAAGGGCACCGUUCUUUUUUUCUGAGCAGUUGAAACAAAACCAGUGGCUGUAAAGACAGGGAAGGAGGACCGGAAAGUUCAAAAAGAAGAUAAGAAGGCUGCUGCAAAAGAAAAAGGAAGGGCCUCAAAAGAGGUAUGUGGUUAGGCCUCCAUGAAGAUGAGUCCUGGGAGAUUACAGGCCCAGUUCAGGGAAGGUAUCUGGAAGAUUCCCAGGAUAUGCAUCAGUAGCUUCUUUGAUCUGACCUUUGCUGAAAGGACAGUUAGUUUUGGACACACAACAUGGAUGCAUGAAACUGUGUAUCUGUUAUAUGUAGGUAGUAUUGCGCCAUAUUUCUUGUCAAAUGAAAAGUAACAGGUGGCCCUACCCCAUUUUUGAGCGGUGCCCUUUUGUGGUGUCCCUUGAGGGAAUCCCUUUUGGGAGGUCUCUUCUCAGUCUCCUUUGGUUUGAUUCUCUAGGGGGUUCCCUGAGGACCUCCCAUAAGCUUGUGGAUCCUCCUGAACCUCAAAUCCCACAAGAGGGCAGCCAUCUUUGAUAUACAAAACUUGGGUUGUGACCCCUCCCUGAGCUCAUCUUUGAACCCCUGACUGCUAGGAACAUAUUCUGAGCCUGUCUGGCUUUCCCCAAUGGCAUAGUGAUGAUUUUAGCAUGACUAGCAGCAGUUUAUCCCUCACCAUUGGGAGUGCUGAGACCAGCUCAGAGAGGUGUGACACCUCAACCUGAAAAACAAGUUGUUUCAAUAAAAAUGGCUGCUGCUUGUCAGGCUAAAAUCAUCACCUCACCCACAGAGAAGCUCUGACCACUUCAAAAACUUCCUAGUGGUCAGUGGUCCCAGAAUGAGCUCAGAGAAGGGUCACAUCCCAGCCUGAGAACCAAGUUUUGUGCAACAAAGAUGGUUGCCCUGUUUGGGGUUCAGGAGGGCCCAGUGGUCAGGAGUCCCACAGACUCAUGGGAGAUCCUCAGGGAACCCUUAGAAUCCUAGGGAGACCAAUAGGGAUCCCCCCUCAAAAGAGAUUUCCUCAAGGAAUCGAAAUCAGGGAAGUGGGACUAAAAGGGCACCCCUCAAAAAAGGGGUCAAAAAUGACACUUUUCAUUUGAUGAGAAAUAUACACACACACCCUGCCUCAAUACUUGUUCUCAUCUCUUUGCCUUUCUUUCUGUUUU